AUGGAGAUCGAAUCCUUCCAUGUUCUUCCUAAUGAUGUGGUGGUGGAGAUUCUUGCUUCUGUCGCCGCCAACUCCAUGGACGAUUUCUUCAACGUGAAAAUAAGUUGCAAAAUUCUUAAUGAAUUAGCCAAAGAAGACUACGUAUACCGACAAAUAUCACUCGACAAGAUUUCAAAGAUAUUGUGGUGGCAUCCCCAAGAAGCCAACGCCUUCAUUCAGAGGUGCAUCAAAUGUGAUAAUUUGGAAGCCUUGUACACGCAAGGAUUGUAUGAGUAUAUAAGUUUCGUGAAGGUGGAGCUAGGAAUGGAGCUACUAAAGAGGGCUGCGCAGAUCGGGCAUCUUGAAGCUUCCUAUGUCGUUGGGCUCCUCCUCAUCGGCAAAGGCGGCGAGUUUAAGGAGGAGGGAGUUCGAUUGCUAAGAAAAGUCUAUGCGAGCGGGCGAGUGGUGGAAUGCCGCAAGAAGUACCUUGACGCCGUGCGUAACAUGUGGUGGAACAACGCGACGAUCUUCAAAGGAGAGCCUCCUCACUACGACUGCCGAAUGCAGAACGAGCACUGCGAGAGGAGAGGAUGGGUGCGCGACAUCGACCAUUACGACAACACGGAAUGCGAACAAUGCAUCUGCCGAGCGGAGACAGAGAUCAUCUACAAGUAUUGCAAACGCCCGUGA